AUGUCACAACGAUGUGGAUACUACACCAUGCCUUCCGAGAAAAAGGUGGCCCUGGCCACAGUCUCGGAGCGACAGGCCUCCAACUCCAACUCCAACUCGAAUGCGACCUCUAUGUCCGCUGGGGCUGUUCCUCCAGAAAAUACACCAGCCGUAACUUCAAAGAUCAAUACAUCAGCUAGAUCUGGGAACGACAACUACCUCCGAGAAAGCGAUGCCUACGAGCACACGGGCUUCGCCUUCCCAGAAUGGAAGAAGUGGAUGAUCCUCUCCGUGAUAUUCGUUGUCCAGAUCAGCAUGAACUUCAACGCCGCAAUCUAUGCCAACUCCGUCGCCGGCAUGUCCAAAGAGUUCGGCAUCGGCAAGCAGGAGGCUCGUAUCGGGCAGUUCGUCUUCUUGCUCUUCUACGCCUUCGGCUGCGAGGCAUGGGCGCCUUUCUCAGAGGAGUUUGGCCGAUUCUGGAUAAUGCAGGCAUCGCUAUUCCUGGUCAAUGUCUGGCAGAUCCCGUGCGCGCUGGCUCCAAAUUUCACGACAGUCAUCAUCGCUCGUGGUCUUGGCGGCUUGAGCUCGGCUGGUGGCUCUGUUACACUCGGCAUCGUAGCAGACAUGUUCAAGCCUGCCGACCAACAAUUCGCACUGGCUUACAUUGUCCUUUCCUCGGUCGGUGGCAGUGUUGUCGCACCUAUCGCCGGCGGCUUCAUUGAAGAAUACCUUCCCUGGCAAUGGUGCUUCUGGAUCUCCCUUGCCUUCGGCGCCGUCACCCAAAUGCUCCACUUCUGGCUCGUCCCCGAGACUCGCACUGACACUAUGCUCGACAAGCACGCGAAAUAUCUCCGCUCCACUGGCGAACAGAUCUGGGGCCCCGUUGAAGUCCGUGGUACACUCCGUCAACGUCUCUCCUGGAAGCACAUCGCCACACUCAUGUGGCGCCCCUACAAGAUGCUCUGCACCGAAUGGAUCGUCGGCUUCCUCUCUCUCCUCUCCGGCUUCAGCGACGCCUUCAUCUUCACAGGCCUUACCUCCUUCGGCAUGGUCCUCGACAAAUGGGGUUUCACCACAAUCACCAAGGGUCUUUCCUUCUUCGCCCUCCUGAUCGCCUAUGUUAUCGCCUGGGCAACCCAUCUCCCUACCUACUACGCUGACCGUCGCGCUAUGAAUGGUAACCCCAACGCUAUUCGUCCCGAAGCCAGAAUCCGCCGCUUGCUCUGGAGUGUCUGGCUCCUGCCAAUCGGCCUCAUCUGCUACGGCGCUCUAAGCAUUGGCCCAGACUACGGCGUGUCCUGGAUCGGCAUCGCCAUCUUCACCGCGUUCAUCGGCUUCGUCAACUUCGACAUCUACAUGGACACAAUCGACUACAUGGUCGCCGCCUACGGCCCCUACGCCGCCUCCGCAACAGGCGGUAACGGUUUCUGCCGUGACGCUCUCGCAGGCUUCGCCGCGCUGUACUCCGAACCUCUCUACCAAGCCUUCGGCGGCAAAGAAGCCAAGCUCGGAUACUUCUGGCCCACCCUCAUCCUCGCCAUUAUUGCGCUAUUCUUGUGCAUUCCUGUCGUGGUGUUCUAUACCAAGGGAGAAUGGUUCAGGAACAGAUCUCCAUUCGCUCAGCAGCUUGCUGAGGAGCAAGCGGAGCACUCUACAUCUGAGAUGGCGCAAGCCGGUGCCGGUGUUGACGAGGAGAAGAGCCGCCACAGAUCGAGUAAGACGAGUGGGAGUGUAGAUCGGAUCUCAAACGUGAACACGGAGAGCCCGGCGAAGGCUAUGGGUGAGCCUCAGGAUACGAUUCAGAGGCAGGAGUUUGAAAACGUCCCUAUUUAG